AUGACUGCUCGCACUCCUUGGCCGAAUAUCAGCAUAAUGAGAGGAUUAGAACGCAAAUCGAAGCCGGUAACGCGGCUGGUCUUACAAGCAGCUCGCCAUUUAUCAACGACAUCAGCUCCCCAGAUCAAAACAGCCGCAGAAGCAGCGUCUUACAUGAUGGAUCAGUUUGCAAACAAAGUCAUAAAACGUAGCCAGUUCAUCGAUUCAAAUCAGCUGCAACAACUGGCGGUGAUGCUCGGCCGACCAGUCCUUAAUGGCCACGACAUAAGCAGGACGAGCGUUCCUGCAGGCACACCGAUUCCUUCAGCACACCACCUUGUCUAUUUCACGCCAAUGGAGCUUGAGAGCCAACUUGGUGCUGACGGAAGUGACCGCACAUUCAAUGCACCCGCCCCGUUUACAAGGAGGAUGUGGGCAGGCGGCCAUAUGAAGUUUGAUAGAAGCAAUCCCUUGAGGGUUGGAGAGGAAGCAGAAGAGAGCACAAGGCUGAUCAGUGCAGUGGCCAAGACGAGCAGAUCCGCGGGCGAGAUGGUACUCGUUGAAGUAGAAAAGAAGAUUCAUGGAUCAAGGGGGCUGGCACUUGUUGACACAAGGUCGUGGGUAUUUAGGCCAACGUUGUCUUCUAAUCCUCAGGGGGCCAUAGCGCUUAGAAGAAUCGACGGCAAUAUCCUAGCUCCAUCAUCUGUCUCGGAUGUAAUAAAUGACAGCAGUGCGUUUCCUAUACGCAAGCUGUCUUGGUCUCCAGUUGGCCUAUUUCGAUUUUCAGCUCUGACAUUCAACGGCCAUAAGAUUCAUUACAAUGAAGAUUGGACUCGGACUGCAGAGGGACAUCCUGGUAUAGUCGUCCACGGGCCCCUGAAUGUUGUCAAUUUGCUGGAUUAUUGGAGAGACAUACACGGAGAGGGCGCAGGGCCUGACGAGAUCAGCUACAGGGCUAUGUCACCUGUUUACGGAGGAGAAGAAUACCAACUUCGGACGCUCGAUAUAAACGAGACAAAGACUAGUCGUGUGUACGAUGUGGUAGCAGAGAAAGAGGGACUUGUUAUCAUGAAAGCUUCCAUCGCCAAGAAGAUAUAA